AUGUCGAAGAAGUACGGGAAGUGGGGGCGUGUGCUGGGCUCCGGUGCUGGCGGCACGGUGCGUCUCAUCAAGGCCUCGAGCAAGAACGGCGGCACCACGUUCGCUGUGAAGGAAUUCAGGCCCAAGCGACACGGCGAGUCAGAGAAGGAGUACCAGAAGAAGGUGACUGCGGAGUUCUGCGUGGGCAGCACGCUCAAGCACCCGAACAUCAUCGAGACGGUGGACAUCGUCACCGAUCACGGGCAUUACUAUGAGGUCAUGGAGUAUGCGCCGUACGACUUGUUCAGCGUCGUCAUGUCGGGCAAUAUGACUCGCCCGGAGAUCUACUGCGUCUUCCGUCAGAUUUGCGACGGUGUCGAGUACCUCCAUUCGCUCGGUCUUGCGCAUCGUGACCUCAAGCUGGACAACUGCGUCAUGACCAAGGACAACGUCGUGAAGCUCAUUGACUUCGGGACCGCGACCGUCUUCCACUACCCUGGGAAGAAGACGACGCCGGCAACGGGUAUCGUCGGCAGCGACCCUUACCUCGCACCAGAGGUGCUGUCUCAGGAUAGCUACGACCCUCGUAAGACGGACGUCUGGAGCGUCGCCAUCAUCUUCAUGUGCAUGAUCCUUCGCCGUUUCCCUUGGAAGAUCCCCGACCCGAAGGUCGACCCUAGCUUCCGGGCCUUCGUGAACGCGCACCCAGAUCUGUCCGUCAAGCCACCACCCAGGCAGAUC